CCAAUCUUUUCAUUCGUUCAAUUUUACGUCAAAACUCGAUUAAAGGGCGAAAGGAUUUGUCAUCCUCUUAGUAAAAUAAAUAUUAGUUUUCUAUUUAUUCUCCUUAAAAUUUAGUGCGUGUUCCGCUCAAUUAACACCUUCCCAAGCUAGCCUUAAAUUUUAUCAUCACUGAAAUACGUUUACAAUGCAAGACACAAGACCUGAGUUAUACGAAGAAGUUAAGCUCUACCGCAAUGCCAGAGAGCGUGAAAAGCACGAUAACAUGGCAGAAUUAUAUGCUGUAGUUAGUACACUUCAGCAUCUCGAGAAAGCGUAUAUGAGGGACUUGGUUCGUGCUCAAGAGUAUACUGCGGCGUGCAGCCGCCUGCUUGUGCAGUACAAGGUCGCGUUCAAGCAGGUGCAGGGCACGGAGUUCCCUAAUAUUGAGGCCUUCAUUACAAAGUUUAGGUUAGACUGCCCUGCUGCGCUGGAGCGGAUAAGAGAGAACAAGCCCAACCUGAUCAAGGAUGACAAGGGCAACACCAACAAAUACAUUGCUGAAAUUGUUUCUCUAUUUAUUACCCUGAUGGACAAGCUCCGUCUGGAGUUCCGUGCCAUGGACAUGAUCCAGCCGGAGCUCCGGGACCUGAGGGAUACCAUGGACCGUCUCAUGAUGCUGCCCGAGGACUUUGAGGGGAAACUGAAGGUCCAGGAAUGGCUGGACAAGCUGUCAGAGAUGUCUGCUUCAGACGAGCUUUCCGAGGCGCAGGGGAGACAGCUCAUCUUCGACCUGGAGACCUCCUACCAGGCCUUCAACAAGUUUCUGCACAAGGACUGAAACAAUAUAUCUCACGGAGCUCAAAAGUGUUGUGUAUCUCAUACUCAAGUAGCUUCACUAUAUCUAUUACUUAUAAUUAUUAUACACUCUUGUACGGAAUGGACACUAAUCACAUAAUCUCAAUCAUUUUUUUUUUAAUUACUGUGUUUGGAAUACCACACAAAUAGAAUUUAUAACAUGAACGUUAGAUAUAGACCAAGCUAAAUCUGCAACGCAAUAAUUUGACAACCACUUUAAAUAAAUAUGGCAAUAUUUCUUAACUGUUACAAAGACAUGUUGAUGGCAGGUUCUUCUUCCUCGUUCUCCAGGCAUUUUUGCCUCAUGGGAGCCUGGGGUCCCCUUGGCAACUAAUCCCAAGAAUUGGCGUAGGCACUAGUUUUUACGAAAGUGACUGCCUUGUGACCUUCCAGUCCAGAGGGUAAAGGCUAGGCCUUAAUGGGAUUAGUCAGGUUUCCUCACCAUGUUUUCCUUCACCAAAAAGCGACUGGUAAAUAUCAAAUGAUAUUUCGUACAUAAGUUCCGAAAAACUCAUUGGUACGAGCCGGGGUUUGAACCCGCGUCCUCCGAAUUGCAAGUCGCACGCUCUUACCGAUAGACCAUCAGCGCUUCCUUUUAAGGCUAUUCAUUGUUUUUUCUGAGUUUUUGCCAUAUACUAAUUUUCAAAAACUGCUUUUUAUCAAUCGCUGCAGAUUUCGCUUGGUCUAACUAGUUAAAAAUGUAGCCCAUGUCACCCAAUGACACACCAACUGACAUCUCACAGAUUCAUCAAAAUUGACUCAGUAGAAAACCAACAUACAAAGACUUAAAAUCGUAUAAACCUUCUAUUGUGGUAAAAUGACACAGGUAAAAGUAAAAAAAAAAUCAACAAGAAAAAUGUUUCAAACUGAAAAAUAGUGUGUUAGUUUUUUAUUGAGAUUGUUAAAUUAUUAAGUUGUUUUCAUUACUGCAAAUUAAUUCGAACGUUAAAUUAUAAUAUAAUAAAUGUAAUUUUAAUUUUUUGGGAUUAUGCAAAAGUUUAUUGAGUGCCCCUGUAGGGCGUCCGCUUGCUAAUGCGGGUGCACGGAGCGGGCACACGCACGCGGGUGCCAUUGUAGGUGAAAUCCGUCGCACGCGUCCGCGCGGGUUAUUCCCACUAGUUACCACCAAGUUGUUACCAGUGGUAACUACUGGGAUUUUUUUUCCCACCUUUUACCAGUAGUAACUACUGGGAAAAAAUUCCCUCUAGUUACCUCCAACUUGGUUAGGUGGUUAGUAAAAAUUCCCAGUAGUUACCACCAACUCUAAACCGAGUUUGCGGUAACUACUGGUAUUUAGGGUUCCAUACCCAACGGGUCAAACGGGACCCUAUUACUGCUUCGCUGUCCGUCCGUCCAUCUGUCACCAGGCUGUAUCUCAUGAACCGUGAUUGUUAGCCAGCCAGUUGAAAUUUCUACAGACUAUGUAUUUCUGUUGCCGCUAUAACAUAGAAUAAAAUAAAUAUUUAAGGGGGGCUCCCAUACAACAGACAUAAUUUUAUUGUCGUGUUUGUAAAUAAUGGUAGUAAUGGUACUUGGCUGUUUUUUAUUUAUUUAUACGGAGAUUCAACAGCUGUGACAUUAACAUAGAAAAUAUAGUAGAUACAGGAAGCCAAUUAUAGGAACUCACAGGCAUUGACAUAAUACUAAACUAAGGUUACGCACUAUUGCAAACACAUAUGUAAACAAAGCGAAUGUUACCAGGAUUAACCCGUCCGCGCCCGUUGGCAACGCUCAUACUAUUUCUCGUUAACCCGCUCACCCGCUCCGCGCAACCGCACCAGCUAGCGGUUGUCCUUACGUUAUUUUAUGUUUUAAUUUAAACGUAUAUGCCCUAAGACAAUUAUUAAGCAUUUUAUCAUAUCGUUUAGUAAUUUAUGAAUUUAUAUUAAAUAAAUACUUCAGUUAUGUAUUCAAAUACCUUAUACUAUAUCGACAAUACUAUGUGUUUAUAAGAUACUUAAAUGAUUUUAAAUUAAAAUUUGUAAACCUGA